AGUACGGAAAUCAUCUGAAAAUAUUAAAAUAGGACUGUGAAGCUAUAUACCUUGCAGCACACGUUACAUACGCCCUAAUCAUGGCGAACAUUCGAGUCUGCGCGAGGUUCAGGCCUGCGAUUCUACAAGACGACGGUGAGGUUUUACACUUCGCACGCUCCGAUUCUCGAAGUUUCACUCUCCAGGAUGAGAAUGAUGAACAUCAUACGUUUAGCUUCGAUAAGGUGUUCUACAAAGAUUCCGAACAAGCCGAUGUCUACGAGUUUUUAGCUAGUCAUCUUGUUAGAGAUGUUGUUAAAGGAAUUAAUGGCACAAUCAUCACAUACGGAGAGACAGGAGCAGGGAAGACCUAUACAAUGGAGGGAGCCAACAUAAUGGAAACCGAAAACUACAAGAAAGGAUUACUACCUAGAGUGGUAGAUGAACUCUUUGAGGUUAUAAGCUUGUGUGGUGAAGCAACUGCUUACAAAAUCAAACUGUCAAUGGUGGAGAUUUAUAUGGAGAGAGUAAGGGACCUUUUGGAUUUAUCAAAGGACAAUAUACAGAUCGAAGAGCAUGAAGAGCAUGGAAUGUUGUUGUGUGGUUCAACAGAAAUCUUGAUAUCAGAUGGUGAAGAAGCAUUAAAACUCCUAUCUAGCGGGAUAGCAAACAGAGCAGUUGGAGAGUCUAAAACGAACAAGGCGAGCAGUAGAAGUCAUUGCAUCUACAUAUUUACUGUUGAGAAAGAAGUAGCAAACGAGAAAAGGGUGAGCACAGGAAAGCUUGUUCUUGUAGAUUUGACAGGAUCUGAGACGACGGAUGCAGACGGUAGAGCUCUUGAAGAAGCAAAAACCAUUAAAAAAUCACUUUCUGCACUUGAAAAUAUGAUUGAUGCUUUGAUCUCCGGUCAAGAAAAUCACAUCUCCUUUCGAGAUUCAAAGAUUACUAGGAUCCUACAGGCCACUCUUGGAGGAAGCUUCCAGACUGCAUUACUUUGUUGUUGCUCACCAGGCCUUUGUCAUUUUCCAAAGACUCUAUGCACUCUACUGUUUGGAGCAAGAAUAAAGGCAUUAUCAGCUUUUAAUGAAGCAAUGUCCUCAAUGAAAGAAACAACAGAAAAGCUUGUUUACACUACUGCUGAGCUGUUGAGAGAGAACCAGAGGCUGAAGCAAAUUAUGAGGGAGAUGUAUGAGGAAGUGAUGCAUGUGAACAAGAAAAUGGUAGUGGAUUGUGAGGAGAUUUUGCACUUGAUCAAGAAACAUCAAGAAACUCCAGGCCAGAUUUAGAACAUCAGAAGAUUAUAAUUUCCGCUUGGUAGUCUGCUUCUUUGUUCUAGCCUGCGCCGUCUUUUUACUAUAUUAGCUGUGUCGUUUUCAUCUUGAGGGAUCACAACUCACAAACGGUGGAUGAUAUCACAUGUGGCUUACUGAAUGUGUGCAUUUUGGUGAAGAAACUAUUUAGUUGAAAAUGUUUGUGUGAUCUUGAAUACAAAACAUCAUCUCUCCAUUGUUCAAAUAUAUGAACAGAUGCAGGGUCAAACGAAAGAAUUCUCUCUCAUAUGCAUUUUAACAGACAUGAGCGCCAGCGGGUUGUGUUUGUAGGUUGUUGGAUCAAAUACGAUGCAUAAUUUUUCUUUUUGCA